AAAAGCAUUUUUCUUUUUCACUUUCUAAGUGUUUUCUUUUUUAUUACUCAACUUUAAGUUUUCCUUUUCUCCUCGCUUCCACUAUGCCUUACCAACUCAAGUACUUGUUCAGAGGUUAAAUACUCUCUCCCUUCCCUUUCCCCUCAGCUGAGCCUCUGCGCUUGCAAGAGUCCAAGCAGCUGGCAGCUGGCGUGGCUGUGCGGCUGUUGGAGUCGAUACAUUCAGAGUUGGUCGGAGUCCAGUGUCCCAAGCUUGAGCUGUUGUUGAUGUAGCGUGAAGUCCGAGUCUUUAACGCGCUCACCCUUCCCGUCGUUCUGUCUAGCACCUGUGCGGACCACUCACAGCUAGGGGACUUGUUCCUGCUACUUUGUUCCGGAUAAACACAUACUGUACCCUCCCUUUUACCACUGGCAGCCUUAUUGUUCACAAAUUUUGCUACCCCCACCACGCUUGACUACUGGAUUUGUCUAUUCACUGGUUCCAAUUGUGGUGUUAAAGAGGGAGUUCAGAAGGCCAGUGGCUUGUAAUUUAUGCCCAGGCCAGGGAGGGAAGGGGAUUCACGAUUGUUAUUUGUAGGAAUCCUGAGGAGGGGGGUGGGAGAGUUGGAGGAGCUGCGGUUGUUUAGCAACAACCUCGAGGACUGUCCCAACUGCGGGAGCAGCUGCAGACAAAACUGCUACAAAACAAGCAAAGUAUCCUGGUUCUUGCUCAUCUUAGCAUCCCUGACUAUACAAAGGAAGAUGUGAAAUUGUUGGAGACAAGAACUGGAAGAAGAAAGAAACCACUUGAACUUUGUGUACUUCUCCCCUUCUUCUCACCCCAACUUUUGGCAUUUCCCCACUUCCCUUCUUUUUGUUUAAAUGGAGCACUCCCAAAAUGUUUUUUGGUCAACAAGAAUACUGGUUAUAGAAUAAAUCUACUUUUAAAAUCAGAAUUUGCCUUGGAGGCUGAGUGAAGAUACACAAGAAGGAAUUAGUGGCGUGAAGUUUAUGGAGUUGGAAAAACUCAUUCUGGUUUGACCUGGUAUUUCUGGCUCCUGGAUCUUUGCCAAAGUGGAUGCACUCGGAGAUUAUCCUUCUGGGGAAAAAUGGAUGUUUACUUAAAUUCCUUCUUGGACUUUCCUUUUAUAUUAUUUUACCUUUGGAUUGGAAUGACAUUAUCAUUGAAUCUUGAAGACCCUAAUGUUUGUAGCCAUUGGGAAAGCUAUUCAGUGACAGUACAGGAGUCAUAUCCACAUCCCUUUGAUCAAAUUUAUUACACGAGCUGUACUGAUAUCCUAAAUUGGUUUAAGUGUACACGACACAGAAUUAGUUACCGUACAGCCUAUCGUCAUGGAGAAAAAACUAUGUAUAGACGUAAAUCCCAGUGUUGUCCUGGAUUUUAUGAAAGCAUGGAAAUAUGUAUUCCCCACUGUGCUGAUAAAUGUGUCCAUGGUCGCUGUAUUGCUCCAAACACCUGUCAGUGUGAGCCUGGCUGGGGUGGAACCAACUGUUCCAGUGCAUGUGACCGUGACCACUGGGGUCCUCAUUGUAGCAGUCGCUGCCAGUGUAAAAAUGGAGCCCUGUGUAAUCCUAUCACAGGAGCCUGCCACUGUGCAUCAGGCUUCAAGGGAUGGCGUUGUGAAGAUCAUUGUGAACAGGGAACUUAUGGGAAUGACUGCCACCAGAAGUGCCAGUGUCAGAAUGGAGCAACCUGUGAUCAUGUAACUGGAGAAUGUAGAUGCCCUCCUGGAUAUAAUGGAGCUUUCUGUGAGGAUCUUUGCCCUCCUGGCAAGCAUGGGUCACAGUGUGAAGAGAGAUGUCCCUGCCAAAAUGGAGGAGUGUGUCAUCAUGUGACUGGUGAAUGCACUUGCCCUGAUGGCUGGAUGGGCACAGUGUGUGGUCAGCCUUGCCCUGAGGGUCGCUUUGGAAAGAAUUGUUCCCAGGAGUGCCAAUGCCAUAAUGGAGGGACCUGUGACUCAGCCAUAGGUCAAUGUCACUGCAGUCCAGGCUAUACUGGAGAACGGUGCCAGGAUGAGUGCCCUGUUGGAACAUAUGGAAUGCAGUGUGCUGAGAUUUGUCAGUGCAUAAAUGGUGGAAAAUGUUACCACAUCAGUGGAGCCUGCCUCUGUGAACCCGGCUACACUGGAGAGCACUGUGAGGCAAGGCUAUGUAAGGAAGGAGUCUAUGGCAUAAAAUGUGAUAGAAAAUGUCCCUGUCAUUUGAAAACUACCCAAAGCUGUCAUCCUGUUUCUGGAGAAUGUUCUUGCAAACCAGGAUGGUCUGGACUCUAUUGCAAUGAGACCUGCACACUUGGAUUUUUUGGGGAAUCUUGUCAACAGCUAUGCAGCUGCCAGAAUGGUGCUGACUGUGACAGUGUGACGGGGAAAUGCUUCUGUGCACCUGGAUUUAAGGAUUCUACUUGUUCUACUCCUUGUCCUCUAGGGACCUAUGGGAUAAACUGUUCUUCUCAGUGCAACUGUAAAAAUGGUGCUACCUGUUCUCCAGUAGAUGGUUCUUGUACCUGCAAAGCAGGUUGGCAUGGUGUGGAUUGCUCCAUCAACUGUCCCAGUGGCAAAUGGGGCUUUGGCUGCAACUUGACCUGUGAAUGCCGAAAUGGAGGAGCUUGCAGUGCUCUAGAUGGAACAUGCACCUGCGCUCCUGGAUGGAGAGGAGAGAAAUGUGAAUUUGCUUGCCAGGAUGGAACAUAUGGGCUGAACUGCAUGGAGCGCUGUGACUGCAGUCAUGCUGAUGGCUGCCAUCCCACCACUGGCUAUUGCCGCUGUCUCCCAGGAUGGUCAGGUAUCCAUUGUGACAGUGUGUGUGUUGAGGGGCACUGGGGCCCAAAUUGCUCACUACCCUGUUACUGCAAAAAUGGGGCAUCAUGCUCACCUGAUGAUGGGAUCUGUGAGUGUGCACCAGGUUUCAGAGGUACCACUUGUCAAAGAAUUUGCUCACCUGGAUUUUAUGGACAUCGUUGCAGUCAGAAAUGUCCUCAGUGUGUUCACAGCAGUGGACCAUGCCAUCAUAUCACUGGACUGUGUGAUUGCUUACCUGGCUUCACAGGAGCUCUCUGUAAUGAAGUUUGUCCCAGUGGUAGAUUUGGAAAAAACUGUGGGGGAAUUUGCACAUGUACCAACAAUGGAACCUGUAAUCCCAUUGACAGAUCUUGCCAAUGCUACCCUGGUUGGAUUGGUAGUGACUGCUCUCAGCCCUGCCCACCUGCCCACUGGGGUCCAAACUGCAUCCAUACAUGCAACUGCCAUAAUGGGGCCUAUUGCAGUGCCUAUGAUGGAGAAUGCAAAUGUACACCAGGCUGGACAGGUCUCUACUGCACCCAAAGAUGUCCUCUGGGGUUUUAUGGGAAAGAUUGUGCAUUAAUAUGCCAAUGUCAAAAUGGAGCUGAUUGUGACCACAUCUCAGGUCAAUGUACUUGUCGCACUGGAUUCAUGGGGAAACACUGUGAACAGAAGUGUCCCCCAGGAACAUAUGGUUAUGGCUGUCGGCAGAUAUGUGACUGUCUAAACAAUUCUACUUGUGACCACAUCACAGGAACUUGUUACUGCAGCCCGGGCUGGAAAGGAACAAGAUGUGAUCAAGCUGGCAUUUUAAUAGUUGGGAACUUGAACAGUUUAAGCCAAACAAGUACUGCUAACCCUGCAAAUUCUUAUCAGAUUGGGGCUAUUGCAGGCAUCAUUAUUCUUGUCCUGGUUGUGCUCUUCCUGCUGGCACUUUUCAUUAUUUAUAGACACAAACAAAAGGAAAAAGAAUCAAAUAUGCCUGCAGUUACCUACACCCCUGCCAUGAGGGUCAUCACUGCAGAUUAUACUAUUUCAGAUACCCUUCCACAGAGUAAUGGUGGAAACACUAAUAAUCAUUAUUUUACCAACCCCAGUUACCAUACACUCACUCAGUGUUCCACAUCACCUCAUGUCAACAACCAAAAUAGGAUGGCGGUUGGAAAGUCAAAAGUCAACCAAAUAUUUGUGAAUAUAAAAAAUGUGGAUCCUGGAAAGGAAGGACCAAUUUUGGAUUUCACGGGAACACUCCCAGUAAACUGGAAACAUGGCAACUUCCAUAAUGAACUUGGUGCCUUUGGGCUUGACAGAGAAUACAUGAGGAAAUCCUUAAAAGAUUUAGUAAAGAAUUCUGACUAUAAUUCAAGUAACUGUUCACUAAACAGUUCUGAAAAUCCAUAUGCUACUAUCAAAGAUCCACCAGUACUCAUACCUCAAACCUCAGAGAGUGGCUAUGUGGAAAUGAAGUCACCAGUACACAGAGACUCUCCAUAUGCUGAGAUCAGUAGCUCAGCUUCUACUAAUAAGAAUGUCUAUGAAGUUGAACCUACAAUGAUUACCAUACAAGAAGUAUUCAGCAAUAAUGGACCUCUCAGCCAAGAUCCAUAUGACCUUCCAAAGAACAGUCACAUUCCAUGUCAUUAUGAUUUAUUACCAGUUCGAGACACUUCAUCGUCCCCUAAGAAAGAGGUCACUAGCAGCAGCAGUGAAUGAUCAUACUUUAAUGGAUAUGGUAGAACAUUUUUUAAAACUCUAGUUCUCCUAGUAAUUUGCCACCUUAUUUGGAUGCUAAUCAAUGUGAUAGAUAAAUGCUAAAUGUUAACCAAGGAUCUCAGUUUUAUAAUUGUUGAAGGUGUUUAGUAAGGGACAGUUUAAAGAGAUGUUCUUUUUUCAUGACUAUCAAUCUAUAGCAACAAAAGAAACACGUUGACAUAGCACAAUCUAAAAGCACUUAUUUGCAGAAGAACUUUACAUAGGAGUGCCAAUGAACACAGAGAACAAACUUUGACUUCAGCUUCCUGCUUCCUAUUGGAGAGCUAUAUACAGGAUUAUGCAAUCUUUCAAAUAACUUAGUUCCAAAAGAUAAUUUUAAUCACUAACUACUCAGAGAAAAAACAGACCUCCUGAAUCUAGCCAUGCUACCAUGGCCUCACAUAUUGAAAGAUAUUAUUAUUCCAGGAAAAGGACAUGAUAACCUGAGCCUGACAGUCUGCAAACAAUGACAAGAUGCAAAUAAAGAGUGAACAAAAUAUGAAAUAUUUCAUUCAAAAACUAUGAAAACUUCAAUUCUAAACUAAGCUGCAGAAAUAUACAACCUAGAAUGGUUUUUAAUAGCAAAAAUUACAAAGAACAGCAUCACAGAUGAACCAGGAAGUGGUGUUUCAUAUUCGGAUGUUUGAAUCUAAGGACACUAAAGUGUACCAUGAUAUUCUCUUCUAGUCACAAGUCCUGUGCACAUCUCCAAUAAUAGAAACCCAUUAACAUAGAACAAUUAUUUCAUAAAUAUGUAAAUGAAUCAUUUUAUUUUUGAAAAAAUGGAUUGAAUGUGUGCAUUAAACGAAGCAGGAUAUGAUGAAUGCUAUAAACUUAAAAUAUAAGAAAAAGUUUCAGUUUUGUAAUAUUAGCGAUAUAGAAUAAUUAUAAAGAGUUUUGAUGAUUCUUUUCCUUACAAAUGACUACAAGGUCUCUAUUCAUAUUUGUCAAAAAAAAAUUUUUUUGGUAGUUGAUAUAGGAUAACUAUGCUUAAGCUGGUCUUUUGCAUUGCUAAUAACUUGAUACAUAACCAUUUUUUUAUGAAAAAUAUUUUAAGUUGUGUAUUUUAAACUGUUUUAUUGUGACUGAAUCAUUACUGAAAAUAUAUCAAAUGUUAAUUUUUCUUGUGUUUUUGAUAUUUAUCUUUUGUUUAGUCCUUCUAUCAGAGGGGAGGGAUGUCAAUUGCUCUAGUUUCUUUAUGUUGGCCAUAACAGAGGCAGUCUAGAAAGACCCUAUAGCUGUCAAUUCUCUUCCUAUUUAUAGGGUCCCCUGGAAGAAUGCUACAACUAAUAUGAAAAGAUUUUACUUAUAUCAGAGAAAUAUGCUGUUGUAUUAAUGAUGAGAUUGGUUCUACUUACUCAUGACAGCUUUUUCCAACUCUCCUUGAUGAUCCUUUUUAGGCUAUAGAAUAUUAUACAAGAAAACUAGGCUCCCUUUCUAGAUAAAAUCUUUUAAUUUUCUUAUCCAUCAAGGGUGUGUUAAUGUGGAAGUAACUCCCUGAUAUAAGACAAUAUACUAUGAUUUAUGGAUUUCCAAAGUUCAUAAGAUGUGAUUUAUAUAAUGGUUCAAAUAUUAAUCAUUCACAUAUAACUUGAGUAUUUCUAAGAAUACAAGUCAUUCCUCACGUGACAAAUGGUCAAAGGAUAUGAACAAGCAAUUUUCAGAUGAAGAAAUCAAAGCAAUUAAUAAUCAUAUAAAAAUAUUCUAAAUCAUUCUUUAUUAGAGAAAGGCAAAUUAAAACAACUCUGAGGUAUAACCUCACACCUGUCAGAUUGACCAAUAUAACUGUAAAGGAAAGUGAUAAAUGUUGGAGGGAAUGUGUCAAAAUUAAGACACUACUAUUGUUGGUAGAAUUGUAUGCUGAACUAACCAUUUUGGAGGGCAAUUUGGAACUAUGCCCAAAGGGCUUAUAAAACUACUAGGUCUUAUUCCAAAAGAGAUCAUAAAAAAGGAGAAAGGACCUACUUGUACAAAAAUUUUUAUAGAAACUCUUUUUGUGGUGGCAAAGAGUUGGAAAUUAAGGGAUUGUUGGAAAGAUCUAUGUGAAUUGAUGCACUGAAAUAAGUAGAACCAGGAGAACACUGUACAUAGUAACAAUUGUAUAAUGAUCCACUGUGAAAGACUUAGCUACUUCCAACAAUACCAUGCCAGGACAAUUCUGAAAGACUUAUGACAAAGACUGAAAUCCACCAUCAGAGGAAACUGUUGAAGUUGGAUGCAAAUCAAAGCACACUAUUUUCCACAUUUGUUUAUUUAUAGUUUUAUUUUGGGGUUUUGGUUUUAUAUGAAUGUUCUCUUGCAACAAUGAUCAAUAUGGAAGUAUGUUUUGCAUGAUAAUCCAUGUUAUAUACAUGUAUAACCCAGAUCAAAUUGCUUACCAUCUCUGAGAAGGAGAAGAGGAGGAGGGAGGGAGACAAUUUGGAUCUUACAAUUUCAGACAAUGUAUGUCAAAAAUAUUUAUUAUGUAUAACUAGGAAGAUAAAAUAGCUUUGAAUUUUAUAAAAGAUAGAAAUAUGGAAAAAUAAAUAAAUGCCAUUCUUGCCAACCCCCCCACCACCACAUUUCUUGAGUGACCACUAGGGAUGAUCAUUGUGUUGACAUUGUAAGGAUAUAAGAAAAUAUUCCUUUCUGUUGCUUAAAAGUCGUAUCCCAAAACCCUAGGGAAAAUUGGGACUCUGGGUUAUAGAAGUACAAACAUUUAAUUUUGAAAAAUUAGGAUAAAUUGCAUAGUACCUUCCCCCAUUACUUGCACCCUGUCCAAGACAUCUGUGAAUUUCUUAUAGAACUCUAACAUUUCUUGGACUAUCAUACAAUUUGGUCACCAGUGAUUUAUUUCCAUAGUGGCUAACCAAUAGUCCCAAAAGGGCAAUCAAGUCUAUUUGUGUGAAAUAUGUCAGGAGUUGUACAUAGAGGCUUCUAGAUUGAUUUUGUUAAAAAAUAAAUUCUUAAAAAUUUCAUUAGAAAUGCAAAAUGAUUGUCUCUUAUUCUCUGGAAAUAGGUUGGGAAAAUGUUUCUUUUUUCAUCAUUCAGUUGGAAAUUAAAAGUAUAUGCUAUGAUUGGAAAAUAGAUGUGGAUAUAAAGGCUACUGCUCUCCUAUAAAGUUUUGUAAUGAAUAUACUGCUUAGGAUGACUGUUUUGCUACAUAAUUAUUCAUAUACUUCAAAAAAUAUAAUACUUUCAAUACAUUAUAGAUAACAGAGUAAAUCAAACCAUUGCACAGAUGUUUAAGAGCCAUUCUGUCUUCUGUUCUAGUCACUUUUACAUACACUUAAUUCAUACGUGUUAAGAUAGAGAAUGUCUCGUUUGAAUGAAAAUCGAACUAUAACAAGUUUCAGAUCUAAAAAUAUAAAUCUGAUAUUUUUCUUUAGUCACAUUGAAUUUAAUUUAGAAUUUAAUGUCACCAAAAAAUCUUAUAUAAUCUAAAUGUUUUUCAAUCCCUGUUUAUUUCUGACAUUUAAAAAAUCUUCCCAUUUUAUGGUAACUUAAGCCAAGUGUCAAAGUUGGUCUGAGUAACCUGACAAAUCUCCCAGGUAGAUCCAGAACCAGAUUAAAAUAUAAUUGGGAAAUGUUUAACAAAAUAAAAAAAAUUUUAAGUAUGUAUAAUGUUUAUUUGUGGUUUUCUAAGUCAAUAUAUAGCCUAUGGAGGAUCCAGUUCUAUUUCAAUUUGACAUUAGACUAAAGCUAUUAAAAAUACUUGAUGAGACAAAUCAAUAAGACAUUAACUCAUCAAUCAUUAAUGUCAACUAAACUAUAAAUCCUUGCCUACUCAUAGAUGAAUUGUCACAUAAACAAAAACAUAUUAUUCCUAUAUAUUAAAAUGGACCAAAAUAAGAAAUAAAAUGCUCACAUUAUUUCGAUGAGACAAAUUUUAUGAGAAAAAUCAACUUGGUAUAAUCAUUCACUAGAUUUGAUAAAAAUAACUAUCCUAAGUUUACUCAUACUCAUAAGUUAAGAGAUUAUGUACCACUCUUUAGCAUCAUCAUUUUGAGAAACAAACUUUCAAAUCAAUUUUCCUCACCAUAAUUUAAAUAAAACAUAACCUUAUUUCAACAUCUUAAUUUUAUCAUAAGACUCACUUCUAACUGACACUAACCAAAUCCAUUAGGGGAGUAGAAAAUUGAAAAGUCUAGAUAAAAAGAUAGAUGAUUGCUUGAUAGGUAGGUAGACAGAUAAUUUCAGUGCCAGGCACUGUUCUAAGAGCUGGAGAUACAAACUGUUACGUUUUAAUUCAAAGGAUUUAUAUUCUAAAGAGGAAAAACAACAUACAAAAAGGGUUGCUAAAGGAGAGUGGAGGCAGGUUGAUGUGAAGAUGUUCCAAAAAUGAGAUGCAAGCCUGGUUCCAAGAAAGGUGAGGCAAUAAUUUGAGAGCCUGGCACCCCAGGGGCAGAUUCUAAGAUUUUGGUGGGGAAAAGGAUGGGAAUGAUGACUGGAGUACAGGAAGCAUGGUAUAGAAAUGGCUGGAAAUCUUGUUUUCUUGGUUUCUACAAAUAGUAGGAGCUAUGUAAUGAAAGAAUAACAAGAAUAUAGCAAUGUAGACUUUACCUAGGGCAUUGAAAAUGAUAGAUAUGUAAAAACAGAUCAAAUAGCAAAACUGUAGUAAUAAAUGUCUUUUAAAUUGUGGUCAUAAAGAAAUAACUGAAUUUAAAGUCUGAUGUCAUUAGAAAUUGCUUUCUCAAGUGAUACCCUGAAUAAAAGAUUAAGAAAUAAUUUGAUCCAGAAUGUUUUAUGUUUUAGAAAUGUACAUAUAAUAAUUAUACAUUGUAAAUAAUUUUAAUGCUUACUAUUGUACAGUGACUUUUGCCCUUUGGGGAAGCAAUUAAUAUUGUUGUCUUAACACUGGGUCUAAUUAUUUUAGUGUUUUAGACCAGUUUUCAUUUUGAUAUUUUCAAAUUAUAAUAUAUUUUUUUAAGUAAAAUUUACAAAUUAUUAUUCGGUCAGGCCAUUCUCAGUUGAGGCAAAGAAAAUAAUUUCUUUUUUUUAUUUCAUUUUUUAAAUCUUUCUGUCCUCCAAAAAUGAAGAAUGUUCAUUAGUAUUAUCUAGUACUACAAUUUAUAUCACCAAAUAUGCUUAUAGAGUAAUGUAAUAAACUUUAUUGACUCAAA